AUGCGAGGGAACUGGGACACGGCGGAGCCUCUGGUACACGCGCCAAAUCAGCAGCGGCAGCAACAGCAACAGACCAUCGUCGAGGAGCAAAAUCAUCCCCUCCAUUCGCCAACCACGCCCGCUUGGAGUAUCGCCGAUAGAAUCGUGAAGGAAGAGCCAACGGAGGACAAGAACAACGAUUCAGGCGUGUCGCCCGAUCAUUAUAACAGCAACUCGGUGUCGCCAAGGAGCAGACGUUCCUCGUCCACAGCGAACUGUAGCCUGUCACCAGGAAGCGCCACGUCGCAGGACUCGAACAACAUGCAGUGCAGCACGUUCGAUUACAGCCCGCAGCGGAUGUUCAAGAAUUGUGGCGGUUCGCCGCUUGAAUUCGCGAGGCAUCGUUCGAUGGACGACCACCGAACGGAACAGGCCAUGGACGUUGUAUCCAGCACGGUGAAGCCGUCCAACGAAGAUGCUGAACUCAGCCAGGACCUCUUGCAAUGUCCGAUCUGCACCUUCUCCUCCAUGAACAGGUUAACGUUCACGGAGCACCUGGCGACGCACUGCGCGACGAAAUGCGAGACGCCGGAUUUCACGAAGACGAUACUGGACCAGUUGACGGCCUCCGGGUCGAUCCAGGACGAGAGUCGAUCGUCGCCCACGCAGGGCGAGCGUUCGGAGCACGAGUCCGAGGAGGCGGACGAGCCGGGUCUCCGCGUGCCCCGCGUGAACUCUCAGGGAAGAGUGAAAACUUUCAGGUGCAAGCAGUGCAACUUCGUGGCGAUCACGAAGCUCGAGUUCUGGGAGCACAGUCGGGGCCACAUAAAGGCGGAGAAGCUGCUCACAUGCCCCAAGUGCCCGUUCGUCACCGAGUACAAGCAUCACCUGGAGUACCAUCUGCGCAAUCACUUCGGCUCGAAGCCGUUCAAGUGCGACAAGUGCUCGUAUUCGUGCGUGAACAAGUCGAUGCUCAACAGCCAUCUGAAGUCCCACUCGAACGUCUAUCAAUACAGGUGCGCGAACUGCUCGUACGCGACCAAGUACUGUCACUCGUUGAAGCUGCACUUGAGAAAGUACUCCCAUCAGCCGGCGAUGGUGUUGAACGCGGAUGGAUCGCCAAAUCCGUUGCCGAUCAUCGACGUCUACGGGACGCGUCGGGGCCCCAAGCAAAAGUCCUUCGUCAAAUCCCAGGACGACGGUUCCCCGAACGUCACUGUGCCCACCAACAACAACAACAACAACCUCCAGACUCCUCUGUCCUCCCCUCGAAUGAUGCCUCCUCGGAUAGCACCGCCUCAGAUAUCUCCUCCCCAAAUAUCCCCUGUGAGCCACCAUCUUCCCAAUCCUCUGAACGGCCUGAACUGCAUGAACGGAGUGCCCCAGGUGCCCUCGAUGAUGGCGUUCCCCUACAGCCAACUGUUCGCCAGCUUCCCCCUCGCCGCGACGCGAUUCUCCGCGGACGAGAACAUGCCCGAGAAUCACAUGGACCGCCUGAAGAGCACCGUUCUGAUGGAGUACGCGAAGGCGAUCGACGACGAGAGGAUCAAGGACGAGUUCCCGCAGGAUCUCGCGAUCAGGUGCUUCGGGGCGCCCAGCAUACCCACGAACGACGCGUUCAAACCGAGCGACGUCACGUCAGCUGCGUUGCCCGACCAGGAACAGUACUCUGAGACGAAGGCGACGCCGUUGGACCUCAGCAAACCGGAGCAAACCGGAUGCGUCCAAGGCAGAGCGCCUGCAAGCUCCCCCAGAGCAACAGGCACGAGCAGACGCAAGGGAAGAGCCGUGAAACUCGAGCGCAGGGUCAUCGAGGAGGACACGGACGACGAGUCCCAGCAACCACACGAGGAACCAGAGAGCUUCGAGCCUCCAGCAGCCAGCAGUCCAGGUUCCAGGGAGGAGAAAGAUAGCAAAGAUGGAGGAUUGGGGGUCAGCAACGAGUUCACCUGCCAGUACUGCGAGAUCGCGUUCGGAAACGUGGUGAUGUACACCGUGCACAUGGGCUAUCACGGUUACAAGGAUCCUUACACGUGCAACAUGUGCGGACACCAGUGCACCGACAAGGUGUCCUUCUUCCUGCACAUCGCCAGGUCGAAGCAUUCGUAG